GACCCCGCCAGGAAUUUCAUCUUCAGAACUGAGAGACAGUGUCACGGUAAUCUACCCGGAAAUAUCGACAAUGCAGUACAACCAAUUUGUAUCCCUGUGCCUAGUGGCGCUUGUUUUGGGUCAAGCAUCGGCGUUACCACAGCAUCCUCAGUACGAUGUACAGUACCCACAGCAAUACCAGCAAGUCAGAGAUCAGAGGAAAUUCGCCGAAAAGCCAAAUGCGAUGAAGAAGGUCGCUCUUGACGAUCUCGAGGAUGUCAGCACCAACCAAAUCCAGGAAGGUAGCAGCGGCGGCUUUUCCUGGUCGAAUAUGCUGAGUAUGGUGAUGCAUAUGCUGCUCGGUCAAACCGGCGGCAAUGCAGGACCUAGUAAAAAUGAUAUCGACGAUGGAGCACCUCCUAGCCCCUGGGCGAAUAUGUUGUCGGUUGGUCUACGCGUUUUGAGUGCCCUCCUGGGUGGACCUCAACAACAAGCUGACGGUAUUGACAAAGUGGACAACCAAAGCAGCCCAUUGCAGGGAGUAUUGACAGCGGUGCUGGGCGCAUUUCUGGGACAGGGGCGAGAUCCUGAUCAGGUAGCAGUCAUGGCAAAACAGGCCUCCGAGUUCAUAGGCAUCGUUAUGAACCUCUUGGACGCCCUGAAGACAUCAUUCUCGCACCGUUCUCUCACCGCCAGGUCUAUGGGAAAGCGGGACACCAUUUCGGAAGCCGCCGUUGCCUCAAUUUCCAUGCUCAAGGGAUACGUACGAUCCAUGAAAUCUUUCAGCGGAGUCGGCCGCGCCGAAGAUGAAGGACAACGCGGGUGUGCCGAGCGUGCUCUUUGCGAAGCUAACGCAGAAUGUACCGCAGAUACACAAGGGCAAUCCUCGAUCUUCUGUCAAUUGGGAUCAUACGCGACCAGUUACUUGCUUCAAAGGCAGAGUGGAGUUGCAUUCGAAGCUUUAUCCGAGGCUGGCCGACGCGGCCGUUCAGGUGAAGACUGUCGAACGCUUUUCUUAGACUGUAACGCAGUUUAAUUUCGAUUUAAUCGAUGAUUGAACGUUAUUUAGAGUUUUAUUGGAGGCUCCAAUCACUUUACGAUCGCAAUUAAACCAGAGUUUAAAUCGAAUUCAUACACGUGGAAGUACGCAUACUGUCGAAAGUUACGGUUUUGCUUUAUACCGUAUAUACGACGCCGGUUAGACUUAGAAAAAUAUACGUAUAUAAAUUAUUAAAGCACCAAAAAUAUUUAUACCGCACAACAAUCGCUUGUAUACAUAUACAUAUACAUAUAUAUACAAUUUUUUACACUAUCACAUGUGAUACUUGAGACGAUUGAAAUUGAUUUAAAAACUUUUCAACUUCUCACUCAAAGUAAAUAUUAAAAUAGGUACUUUCCACGAAAGAAACUUUAUGAGGCCGCAAAAGCAACGGCGUAUCAUUGCAUACGACACCUCGUCAGGGCAAAAUUUUUAAUUUAUCUCAAUUGUUUAAAAAAAGUCCUUGUAGGUUCGAUUAACAAAGAGAGAAAAUCGAGAGUUGACUCCUUUUCUUUCUUCAUUACGAAGACGUAUAUAAUUUAAAAUUGAAAAAAAAACAACACUUUUUUGUAGAAGUAGACUGAAUAAGACUUGAAACUUAGGUAAACUUAAUUAAUUAAAUUCAUCUAAGUAUCGAGACGAAAGAUAAUAUUUAUUAUAAUUUAUUGUAAAUCGACGAAAACGAAAAUUCAUGCAGUAAGCUGUUCGAAUGUUUCACACAUUUUGAAGAUAUUCUUACGAGCCGUAAAAAAAAUUUUCACCCAACAGGAUCUAAGAAUUUAAACCAUCAAAUGGACGAAAUUUUUGUGAGAUUGCUUGUAAGACAUCUGAACCUAGGAAUAUACAAUAUUAAAAUUUUGUUAUUAUCCAUAGGAGACAGAGGUCGUUGAUAUAAUCUAAUUUUAUAUAAUCGGCAGUAAUACAGGAUGCCUCCCAAUAUAUUUAUCAGUUAAUAUCUCAGGUUAUUUCUUCGAAAUUUUUAUACUGUAUAUAUUUUACUUGAGGGUAAUUUUUUCACAGGUAUUUAGUUCAUAAACUUUCGCAAGGAUGCUAUGAAUUCAAAAAUUUCUAAAUUAGUGAUCAUUAUAGACUUUAAUAACUACACGAUAUGAAAUGUCCGCGAUGAGACAUCGAUCCAAAUCACGGAGAUUGACAUUUUUUACUGAAAAUUUUUUUUAUUCCUGUAUAUGCUGGUGUUUCGUAGUUGAUAGACGAUUUUAUGUUUAAGUUGUAUGUAUGCGCAGAAUGAGUGUAAGAUAAACUAUAAUAAAAAUGAAAAAUUAUUCAGAUUCUA